AUUUUAAGAUUCCAAGAAUUUACACAGUUAUACAACCCAGUUAACACAUCAUAUGCGCUUGCGUGGCUAUAUUGAACAGAGAACAGGUUAAAAUAUUUAAAAUAAAUCAAAUUCUAAGCAGUUAAACACAUAAUCAAGUGCGGAAUCACGGCGCCGAAACAUCUCGUCAUCGAAACACCCGAUUGGAUUUAGAAAUCGUGCGAGGGUUAAUGUUUAUUAAACGAUUAACUGGUCAGUGAGUCAUGCGCGUUCAGUCGUCCCACGGCCAUGUUCGUUGGUAUACAUUUCUGAAGUGGUGAACUUCUGUUGUUGUUUUUAAGAGAAAUAGUGAUUAUUCCGGCCUAAAAAUGGCAGGGAAUGUGGGGAUGGAACAACUGAUCCCGAUCGUGAACAAGCUGCAGGACGCGUUCACGCAGCUCGGGGUGCAUUUAACGUUGGAUCUGCCACAAAUCGCGGUGGUGGGCGGACAGUCCGCUGGAAAAAGUUCCGUUUUGGAGAAUUUUGUCGGCAGAGACUUCCUUCCUAGAGGAUCUGGCAUUGUAACUCGUCGGCCUCUUAUCUUACAACUGAUAAACUCCCCCACUGAAUAUGCCGAAUUCUUGCACUGCAAAGGUAAGAAAUUCGUCGAUUUCGAAGAAGUGCGGAAGGAAAUCGAAGGUGAAACCGACAGGGUCACGGGAAGCAACAAAGGCAUCUCAAACAUACCAAUCAACUUGAGAGUUUACUCUCCGAAUGUACUCAAUUUGACUUUGAUCGAUUUGCCUGGCCUGACGAAGGUGCCAAUCGGUGAUCAACCGGCCGACAUCGAACAGCAAAUCAAGGGAAUGAUCAUGCAGUUCAUCAAGAGGGAGUCGUGCCUAAUCCUGGCCGUUACGCCGGCCAACACCGAUCUGGCCAACUCGGAUGCUCUCAAACUCGCUAAAGAAGUCGAUCCGCAAGGUAUCCGAACGAUUGGCGUGAUAACCAAACUGGACUUGAUGGAUGACGGCACCGACGCCAGGGACAUUCUAGAAAACAAGCUGUUACCUUUGAGAAGGGGCUACAUUGGAGUCGUGAACCGCUCACAAAAAGACAUCGAGGGAAGGAAGGACAUCAACGCGGCUUUGGCGGCUGAAAGGAAAUUCUUCAUCAGCCAUCCUUCCUACAGACACAUAGCCGACCGUUUGGGAACACCGUACCUUCAAAGGGUUUUGAACCAACAACUCACGAAUCACAUCAGAGACACGCUUCCCGGCCUCAGAGAUAAACUUCAGAAACAAUUGCUGACACUCGAAAAGGACGUGGAACAGUUCAAAUACUUCAGGCCGGACGAUCCGUCCAUCAAAACCAAGGCUAUGUUACAGAUGAUUCAACAGUUACAAACAGAUUUUGAAAGGACAAUCGAAGGUUCGGGUUCCGCACAAAUUAAUACGAUGGAAUUAUCUGGCGGUGCCAAAAUUAACAGAUUGUUCCACGAACGGUUCCCCUUCGAAAUCGUCAAGAUGGAGUUCGAUGAAAAGGAGUUGCGCAGAGAAAUAGCCUUUGCCAUCCGCAACAUUCACGGUAUUAGGGUCGGUUUGUUCACGCCCGAUAUGGCUUUUGAAGCUAUUGUCAAGAAGCAGAUCUCACGUUUAAAAGAACCUUCGUUGAAGUGCGUCGACUUAGUCGUAACGGAGUUGUCUAACGUCGUUCGUUUUUGCACAGAUAAAAUGAACAGAUACCCGAGGCUGAGGGAAGAGGCGGAACGUAUCAUCACCACUCACAUCAGACAAAGAGAGCAGUACUGCAAGGAGCAGUUGUGCCUGCUGAUCGAUUGCGAACUAGCUUACAUGAACACAAACCAUGAAGACUUCAUCGGAUUUGCAAAUGCUCAAAACCAAUCGGAGAAUGCAAUGAAGACGAGCUCACGCGGCGCCCUGGGCAAUCAGGUGAUCCGCAAGGGUUACAUGUGCAUCCACAAUCUGGGCAUAAUGAAGGGCGGAUCGCGCGACUACUGGUUCGUGCUCACGUCCGAAAGUAUUUCGUGGUUCAAGGACGAGGAGGAACGCGAGAAGAAGUACAUGCUGCCGUUGGACGGGCUGAAGCUGCGCGACAUCGAACAGGGUUUCAUGUCCAGGCGACACAUGUUCGCUCUCUUCAAUCCCGACGGCAGGAAUGUAUACAAAGACUACAAGCAAUUGGAGUUGAGCUGCGAAACGUUGGACGAGGUUGAUUCGUGGAAGGCUUCGUUCCUGAGGGCAGGAGUUUAUCCGGAAAAACAAACUGAACAAGUUAAUGGCGAAGAGGGGGAUAAUUAUCAGAGUGGUGGCGAGAACGUCAGCAGCUCAAUGGACCCUCAACUUGAAAGACAAGUGGAAACAAUCAGAAACCUGGUGGAUAGCUACAUGAAAAUCGUGACAAAGACCACCAGAGACCUGGUACCCAAGACCAUCAUGUACAUGAUCAUCAACCACACCAAGGACUUCAUCAACGGUGAAUUGUUGGCCCACAUUUACGCCAGUGGCGACCAGUCCCAGAUGAUGGAGGAGGCGCCGGAAGAGGCACAGAAACGGGAGGAGAUGCUACGCAUGUACCACGCAUGCAAAGAAUCGCUGCACAUCAUCGGCGACGUGUCGAUGGCCACAGUUUCGACACCGGUGCCGCCGCCCGUCAAGAACGACUGGCUGGCCAGCGGUUUGGAGAAUCCACGACUCUCGCCGCCCAGUCCGGGUGGUCCGAGGAAAGCGGCGCCCAACAUGGGAACCGUCGGUUCCAGCGGUUCAUUGGGUUCGAGAGCGCCUCCACCGCCGCCGAGUUCCGGACGUCCGGCGCCCGCCAUUCCCAACAGGCCAGGCGGAGGUGCACCGCCGAUGCCGCCCGGCAGACCGCAGGGGCAAGCUUUGCCCGCUCCCCUCGUGCCCACGAGGCGUUAGGAAAAAUUCUAUUAAUCCAACAAUUAACAAUACUUAUAACUUAUAAAUAUACUCAUACAUAUGUCCCCCCUUACGGGUGGGAAGUAUUUUACGAAUACAUUUUAACAUGAUUGAUUUCAUUGUCCAAAAUAGAAUUGCAUAAUUUAAAAGUGUAUAUUGAUAAAGCAAGCACAUUCAUUACUUACAUGUAAAAGUACAAAAUAGAUAAAUGAAUUGUCUCACCUAAAAGCAUGUUGAUUAAUAUAAAUUUAACAUAUAUUAUACAUUCAUUAACGCAGAACGCUUUGUGUAAUAUAUUAGUAGAGCGAGCACGAUAAGAUAUAAAUAUUCAUAAGAAAUGAAAUCAAUUGUGUUUGUUUUGUUGAAAGUCAUUUAAAAAUAGGGUGCUAAUGUUUGUUACACGCUUGCUUCACAUAUUAUAGUUGUGUCUUGAAAUACGUGUAAAACGUUGAAUAAUUGUAUAUUAUAUUGUUUUUAUUUUACCCGAUUUUACUGGGAAUUGUUUGUUAAAAAAACAGUUGUACUUUCAAGAGAAUGGUUUUGAUAAAUGUAUUUUAAAAGUUUGUCGACGGAUAGAUUACUUGAACUUUCGUUCUAUGAAAUUGUUUCUUGGUAACCAGCUUUGUUUCAAACAAACAUUGUUUUCAAUUCAUACAUCAAAUGCUUACCUCACUUUACAAACGUCUGAUGUUUUAAUCUGAUUUGCUCGAAAUGGCGAAGACUAAGAGAAUUGCCCCUGUCAUUAAAAGCUCUACUUCACUCAAAAAGAAAAUGAAACCAGAGCAAAAGAAAAGCAGUUUGAAGAAAAUUAAUAUUGCUUUGAAAACCAUAAUUGACAAUAAGGUUGAUGAAACUACUAUAAUUAAAUCGAAAAAUCCCCUGUUGUUCAAGCAAACCAGAUACAAUUUGAGACCCAGGAAGUAUUGAACUGAUUAUGGAAAAUUGGGGACAAAAUAUCAAGUAUUUGCUCUUAUACAUUUAUAUACUAUAUUAUAUAUUUAUACAUAUAUUUGGGGGGUUAAACAAAAUAAAUGCUUUCAUUUAAA